CUGUUGGUUUUCUGCAAACACUGGUUACGGCUUUUAAAAACCUCCCACUGUGGCACAGCUUAACCCGACAGCUGAAUGUUCCAUCACGUCAGUUUAGCUUUAUUGUUUUGGUUUCUCAGUCACUGUGAUUGUCAGCGUAUUAUUAUUGUCAUAGUGUGAAGGAGUACUCGCAUGGUGAGACAGCUGCUUUCACAUUUCCUCAGAGGAAAUCACUUUAUCCUCACUUAUAAUGGCAUUGUCACAUGUGUUUAGACAGUACAUAGAAAUGUAAGUUUAUACAUGUCCCAGUGAAGGAGUGACUAAGCUAAAAGGCCAGACAGCUGAGCUCAGCACAGGGCUGCCGCAGAAGAUAUUUUAUAGAUGAGGUUGUGCAUUGCUUGAAAUGUGAGUGCUCCCUGUGUUAAUCAGAGGCAUUCACCCAGGAAUGUUUUAGUCCUUUCACUCCCUCAGUGCAUUGAUCUUGGUGGCUGAUGACAGUGCAGGAGAGGGGAGGUGGGUCCAAGCAUGUGUGCACGCUUCAGUGUCCUUUAUUGAUGACAGUGAAGUCAGUAAAUGACUCGGAGAUGAAAACAGAGGUGUGGCAGAUGCAGUGAAGAGGAUGCAUGUUGGGGCGCCCAGAGAGUUGAAUGGUUACCGUGUGACUCGCCAUAGUAUAUCAGGUACAAUGUGUGCACAAUGUUGGGGUUUUGAGUCUGACCACUGACUUUAUUUCGGGUCUCCUCACCUCUCUCUCCAUUUCCUGUCUGUCUCUGCAACCUUGCCUCAUAUACCGUAUGUGACUCAGCCAUGUAUUGAUCAGGGGCAGAAAAAGAAAGGCGGGGAGAUGCUGAAGGAGGCUGACAGACAUGAAGUAAUUUAAGCAGCUGGCUGACAGGUGUGAACAGCGCGCUGAGCGAGAGGAGAUUUGUGGGGUGUACUGUGAUCAUCCGUCUUUGCGGGGAUAAAACUGAGACAGGGGGUUUAUGUGGUGAUGGAUCUGCUGUUAAAUGGAGAUUGACAUCUCACUGAUACUCCCUUUCUGGACAGAAAGCAUGUGACCUGUACCUCAUGCUGACUGCACUGUGGUCACAUCAGUGUCACGCCAUCAACACACGUUCUGAGAGGGGGGCUUCACUGACCUCAUCUGCUUUCCGUCUUGCCUGUGAAGGUGUUAUUGGUUUUUAACAUGUUUGGCCCUGAGGGUUUCACAGCAGAGCAGGGUGGCAGAUGGAGAAUGUCAGUGCAGAACUGAGGAAAUCACAAUCGUGACAGGCAGUCAUUGUACUUCAGUGACUGAUGCCAUCAUGCUCUCAUUGUGUCAGUGUUGAGAGCAGAGCCACAACAGAUGCCGCACAGAUAGUAGAAGCUUUAUCUCACACAAUCACAUGUGAAUAUGAACAAGGGCUGCGUCAAAGUAAACAUCUCAGAUGACAGCGCAUCAGCAGCCAGCAGCAUGGAGGUGACCGAUCGCAUCGCCUCUCUGGAGCAGAGGGUCCAGCUGCAGGAGGACGAGAUCCAGCUGCUGAAGUCCGCUCUGGCUGAUGUGGUCCGCAGACUCAACCUGUCUGAGGAGCAGCAGGCCAUGGGCUCACGCAGGGGACCCACCAAAGACCUUGCACUGAAGUCUCCCUCAGCAGACAGCAAUGUUGGGAAGCCAGCCAGGCCGAUGAUUACCGCGCUGCCGUUACGGCCCACAGUACAUAAUGGGACCAUCCUAACAAAGAAAAGCAGCGGCACUCUGCCCUCUCCAUCCGGAACUGGAUCCAGAAAGGACACUAGCACUGCAGCCACAAAGGGUCUUUCCAGUUUGUCCUCUCUGUCUCGUUCUACCAGAUUUUUCUAUCUGCCGCUCAGCACUGUGAGGAGAGCCAGCUCAAAUGAACACGUGGGAACUCUUACACGGAAAGAUUCAAGCGACUCCAAGGGUAAUCGAACUCGUGCCGAAUCCACUGGCAGCAAUUCCAGCGGCAAGAAAAGUGACAGUAAACAGAGGGAUCCAGUGUUCAAUACAGGGAUGCGACGUGUGACCCACUGCAAAGAGGAAGGCUAUGUGAAAAUGUUUUUGAAGGGUCGUCCCAUCACCAUGUACAUGCCCAAAGACCAAAUGGACAGCUACUGCCUGGAGGCCAGAGCUGAGCUGCCCAGUAACAAACUCAAACUGGACUGGGUCUACGGUUACCGGGGUCGAGAUUGUCGCUCCAACCUUUACUUGCUUCCCACUGGAGAAACCGUGUAUUUCAUCGCCUCAGUGGUCGUCCUGUUCAAUGUGGAUGAACAGCUGCAGAGACACUACACUGGACACACGGACGACAUCAAAUGCCUGGCUGUCCACCCCGAUAAAAUCACCAUAGCAACUGGGCAGGUGGCGGGCACCUCUUCAGAUGGAAAACAGCUGGCUCCUCAUAUUCGUGUGUGGGACUCGGUCAGUCUCAACACUCUCCAUGUGCUGGGUGCAGGCUUCUUUGACCGAGCCUUGGUCUGCUUGGCAUUCUCCAAGUCGAAUGGAGGAAACACGUUGUGUGCCGUGGAUGACUCCAAUGACCACGUCCUCUCCAUCUGGGACUGGCAGAGAGAGGACAGACUGGCAGAGGUCAAGUGCUCCAACGAGUCAGUGUUUGCUGCAGACUUCCACCCAACAGACAGCAACAUUGUGGUGACCUGUGGCAAAUCCCAUCUCUAUUUCUGGAACCUGGAGAAAGGCGUGCUGCUUAAAAAGCAAGGACUGUUUGAGAAACAGGAGAAGCCCAAGUUUGUGUUGUGCGUGACCUUUGCAGAAAAUGGAGAUGCUAUAACUGGAGACUCAAGUGGGAAUAUCCUGGUGUGGGGAAAAGGCACUAAUCGUAUCAGCCAUGUCAUCCAAGGAGCUCAUGAGGGCAGCAUCUUUGCUCUCUGCAUGCUGAGGAAUGGCAUGCUGGUGUCUGGAGGUAAAGACCGCAGGCUCAUUUCCUGGAACAGCAGCUUCCAGCAGAUACAGACGGUGGAGGUGCCUGAGUUGUUUGGUCCCAUCCGGACCAUAGCAGAGGGCAGGGGGGAGACUGUGCUCAUUGGGACCACAAAGAACUUUGUUUUGCAAGGCAGUUUGGAUAGAGAAUUUAUACCUAUUACACAGGGUCAUACUGAUGAGCUGUGGGGUUUGGCCGUUCACCCCUUGAAGCCUCAGUUUCUCACCUGUGGCUAUGACAGGCAGGUCAGCCUUUGGGACUCCAGUACCCAUCAGGUCAUGUGGACAAAGAGUUUGGAGGAUGCCGCCCAAUCAGCAGGCUUCCACCCGACAGGUGCUGUGGUUGCCAUAGGAACCCAGAUUGGCAGGUGGCUGGUGCUGGACACCGACUCUAAGGAUUUAGUCACAGUGCACACAGAUGGGAAUGAACAGCUCUCUGUUGUACGCUACGGGCCAGAUGGUAACUUCCUGGCCAUUGGUUCUCAUGACAACUACAUCUAUAUCUACGCUGUGGCAGAAAACGGGAGGAAGUACAGUCGAGUCGGGAAGUGCUCGGGUCACUCGAGUUUCAUCACUCAUCUGGACUGGUCAGUAGACUCCCAGUAUCUGGUAUCAAACUCAGGAGACUAUGAGAUACUGUAUUGGAUCCCAUCAGUGUGUAAACAAGUGGUCAGCGUGGAGGCCACCAGAGAUAUCGAGUGGGCCACGUACACCUGCACUCUGGGCUUCCACGUCUUUGGCUUGUGGCCUGAUGGCUCAGAUGGCACAGAUAUCAACGCCGUCAGCAGGUCCAACAAUAAGAGCCUCCUGGUUACUGGAGAUGAUUUUGGGAAGGUCCAUCUCUUCUCAUACCCCUGUUCACAGUUCAGAGCUCCCAGCCAUGUUUACGGUGGCCACAGCAGUCACGUGACCAAUGUGACCUUCCUGUAUGAUGACAGUUACCUGGUGUCAACAGGAGGGAAGGACGUGAGCGUGAUGCAGUGGAGGAUAGUCUGAGCGACCAGACAGAGGCACAUUCUGUCAGCCUAACUGCUGCUGGGGCCUUAAACUCAGCUGAAGCAAACUGAACUGAACUGCACUAAACUGAACCAAACCAAAUUUUAAUUAACUCAGACACUAAUAAAUUAGGCAGAUCUGACUGGAGUGAACUGAUAGAAGAGGAACCUGAGUCCUGAGGUUUUGUUCAGAUCCCAGAUGAGACGAACUACUGGAGGUGGAAUGUGUGGUUGUUUGAAUUACAAGAAUUUUGAAUAUUUCUUCUUUUAUUUUAUUCACACUACAUGUAAAAAAAUCUUUCACACACUGUAGAAACAAAUGAAACCUAAGGUCAAAUUCAACUAAACAGAACCAAAGGCUGAUUUUAUGGCUGCAUCUGUACAGUUUGGCUGUUCACUGCUCUUGUACUGUGCACACUUCUGUCACCAAUAAUGGACUGAAGGGGUUUGUCAGAGCUGUCCCAGACAGUAUCACUGAGUUGGAGGUCCAAGAGUGCUGGGAAAGUGUAUGGAAAGAGAGAACCGUGAUUUUCUAAUUAGUAAAUGUUCUUUUGUUGUGUAUUUCACAACUCAGGAAAGCACAGGUGAAGCAGGACCUUUCCCUGCUAUUAACACCGACUCAUCAGAGCGAGCCUCUGGCAGUCCUAAACAAACUCAGAGAGGUAUCAACCAUGGUAAACGUCAUAUUCACCUACUGAUUUAUUUGCACUGACCUUUUGUGCAUUAAAACUAGCAAUGCAGUCAGGGCUAAUGCUGAAUUAGGUGGGCAUGCCUCUCAGCAUGAAGAUUAAUAUCAGUGAAAAGGAGAACCAGAUGAGCUGUUAACCAUUAUAUUCUGGGAAAUUAACAUUAUUUACUCACAUUAUCCAGAAUCAAAGGUAGGAUUUUAACCAUUUUCAGCAAAGUUGUAUGAACAUUUUCCACAGUUGAGUUUUUGCGUUUUCAGGUCUUAAAAAAAAAACCUUCCAAUUAUUUAUGUUUCAGAUCUUUCACUGUUAAUUUCACUUCUUUUGAAAACUUGUUCCAUGUGUGUAAAUGUACCGAGGGGCUUCACACAGGAAUAUACAGGAUGUGAAAUCAUUUCAAAUUUUUUGUUAUUUAUUUCCUCUAUCUUAAGGUGCCUCAGGGUUUGGGGGCGUUUUCAGUUGUGUGACGCCUUUUUCAGCCUGUGUCUCUCCAUGGUUUGCUGCACGCAGACCGGUUUAUGAAGGGGAAAGAUGAGACCGUUACACUGUAAAUGUCUGAUGUGCUCCUCUGGUGCGCACCAUCACUCACUGGCAUGAUGAACUGAACUGAAUCUUCUUGAGGGGCUUUUCUAUAAUGCACUGUUUCAGUCUGAUAAACAUGCAACAGGUCUAUUAAAUCAAAUCACCAUUUAGCACUUACUGGAAUGUUUCAACCUGCCAAGCUGUAUACCAUCAGUCAGAUCUGUGGUACCAUAGGUAACAUGUCACAUUCCUCAUCUUAUGGUUAACAGCAAGCCAUGGGUUUAGGAAGAUUUUAGACAUUCUGAAGGUUAACUGAUUGUUGGACUUGUCUUAUUAGAAAAACCACCGAAACCUAACAGCAGUGAUGUUAAAGCCACCACUCUACAGAGUGAAUGCCAUAUGAUGCGUCUUACCACCUGACACUCAGGGCUGCAAAACACCACUGAACAUUUAACAUCGGUCUGAAAGUAAAUGCAACAUGAAAUACCAAUGAUA